AUCUUCCACCGCCUCCUAAUCUCAAACCAACCGGAAUCCAAAUGACGCCGGCGACCGGAUUUUCAUACCACCGACUGCAGAACGAAGGCGAUAAUGACUACGAGGAAGAAAUGAAGAGAGCGAUUGAUCACGUGAAGUCGAGAAUCCAACGAUCUUCCAGGUUGAAGAGAGUGCACAUGAGGAAGAGGUUGAAGAUGAAGAUCCCGAGCUUGAGGAAGUUUGUGAGGAGGAGAGCUCGAGUGGUUAUGGUUUCCAUGGCGAAGGUUCUGAAGAGGCUUAAGGACAGUCAAUCGCAUUUUGGCGACUUAUUUGCUGGUAAUUAUUUGUUUAUGCAAGUUAAUCCUGCUCCUCUGAAAUCUUCUUCUUCGCCAUAUGCAAUUAAUCAUGGAUCUAUUAAAAGGAUAGAAGAUGAAUUGCGCCGUCCUUCCCCUAGGGUUUCGUAAUUUGAUUGAUCGAUCUCGGAUGACGAUAGAUCAUCGAUCCACUGAGACGACGUUGAUUAAAUGCUGAAUAACUAGUUGAUUAACUAAUUAAUUAAUUAAUCGAUGUUCGUCCUUCAUUUCUGAAUCUAAGCUAUGAUGAUCUUCGUCCAAAUCAUAUCCAAUUAUCCAUGGAAUCAAGUAGUUAAUUGAUCGUUUUAGAAACAAAAUUAGGUUUUGCAUGGAGAUGAUGGUGAUGGAUUUGGUUUCUGUAUCAAUAUGCUUUACUAUCUGCAUUCCUUGAGGAUGAUUACUAUCUCCUAUUGUAUUUUAUUGUCAUUAUUAUUUUUUCAGAAGUA